UGCAACCCGACCCUCAAUGGUCGAGCCACACGCCUCACGCGCCCUGCUCUCAUUUGAUUGAAGAAACCAGGUCUGUGCAUGUCACAACCAAUCCUCCCUCCUUGUACCCCCCGCCCUGCAAGGAAGAAGACAGCACCAGAACCCAGUGGCCCCCUUACCGUUGUCCUCCUCCCCUCCCCCCCGGUUCUUGGUACCAACUGCCUGGCUAACUUCAUACAAGGCGCAGUUUCUCACCGUAUCCUCGUCUCCGACUCCUCUCUGCACUCUCAGAAACCAGGUCUUUUCAUCGUUCCAAAACAUUGCACUCUUCUUUGCAAGGGAAGAACGGGAUUCACUGGCAGCUGUUCACCCCGAGUCGAGUGCGCCUUGGAAACCGAUCCAGAUGCGUGGUGUUCGUGUUUGACAUUCCACCUUGACCCGAUUUUGUGCCUCUUUCUUUGAUAAAUAGGUCAAUCUGCCUCGGUUUUGGCUGCGCAAUCGUGUCCUACUCCUCUCUCACCAUCGCAUCCUCAUGGCGCAGCCUUCUCUUCCUUCUCAAGCCACUGACGCCUCACGUUCCAGCCCGAACUUAAUCAGCCAGAAUGCCGCGGCUGGAGUCAAAAGAAAAAGAACAGCCGAGCGGAAGUUCUACGCCGUGAGGCAAGGGAAGACGCCUGGCAUCUACGACACAUGGACGGAGUGUCUGGGUCAAGUGAAGGGACACAAGGGUGCUGUGUUCAAAGCCUUCCAAUCUCUCCACGAGGCCCAAGCUUUCAUGGACGGCAAAACGCUCUCAAACACCAACAACUCCGGCGAGCAAAAAUUCUACGCCGUCCAGAGUGGACGGGUCCCGGGGGUGUACACCGAUUGGAUACAAGCUCAAGCUCAGAUCCGGGGCAUCAGGAAACCCAAACACAAGAAAUUCAGCACCCGUGCAGAGGCAGAAGCGUUUGUGGCCGCGGGGCGGAAGGCCAAUGGCGCUGAAUCCGCGCACAGCGUCACCCCAGAGGAGGAGAUACGUCGCUUGAUAGUCCGCAGUUCGGCACCCGGGUUGCAAGUCAACGGAACAUAUUCCCCGACAGACAAGGAUGGAAAACCUUACGCAGUCGGUCGGGGUCCUCUGCCACCUGGCGCUGAGGACGGGUAUGAUCCAAAUGUCAAGUUGGACGCCGACGGCAGCAUCGUAAAUCGUACUGAGGAAGAGAAGAGCAGAACCAAAAUGAUGACCCGACAAAAGGAGUCCCCGGGCAUGCUUCGCAUCUACACGGACGGGUCAAGCCUGAAAAAUGGUCAAGCAGGAGCCAGGGCAGGAGUGGGAGUGUUUUUUGGACCUCAGGACCCCAAGUAUGCCAACUCUCCAUCUUCCAAACCCAAGCCCAAGCCAAAGUCCAGGUCCAAGUCCAAACCCAACCGUUACGUUCCGUCCAAAAAACCACAACUUGUUUAUACCAUGGACUGGGCAGCUCGUCAGCACGGCUCUGGCGAGGAAUCAGCCAAGAGACCGCAGGCAGGCGACGAGGAUGACGAUGCAACGGACCAAGAAAAAGAAAGGCUAACGAAUUGGCGUUAUAGAAAUGUCUCCGAGGCACUGAAAGGCAGCAAGCAGACCAACCAACGGGCCGAGUUGACUGCUAUCUUACGAGCAUUGGACAUUGCUCCCCGGCACCGAGAAGUCACCAUCUACACUGAUAGCAAGUAUUCCAUUGAUUGUGUGACGAACUGGUACCGAAACUGGAAGAAGAACGGCUGGGUCAACACCAAGGGGAAGCCUGUGGAGAACAAGGACCUGGUGAUGGACAUCCGAGAGAGGAUUGAAGAGAGGGAGCACCUCGGCAAGCUCACAUAUUUUGUAUGGGUCAAGGGUCACACGGACAAUCCGGGCAAUAUCGCCGCGGACCGUCUGGCCGUACAGGGGGCGAUCAGCGGGAGAGGGCUUGAUAAUGAAAAGGCUGAAGGGUCCAAGGGUGCCAAAGAUGGAGAAAACACGGCAUUGGGUGAGGAUGAGGAUGAAGAGGCUGCGAUCUUCCGGGCGAUGGAACUUGCCAUGGAGGAAGAGCUGGAUGCCCAGUUCAAGUGACCAAGUGUUUACUCGGGGGGAAACCAACAGGUGGUCACGAUGCUGUCUAUUGAUGUUCCCAACAUGGCCCAGUAGAUUCCUUGGUCUCUAGUGGUGCUGUUGGGCAGCUUGAAGACGCGACAGGUGCCAGGACGGAUGGCUGUGUGUUGUUCAAGCAUGCUGCUCCGAGCUGCUCCAGCGAGGACAAAGUCAAUCGACACGGGUUGACUCCCUUCUUCUCUUGUAUUCUCCCCUAGCCCAGCAAUAUCGUGUAUCCCCAUUCUCUUCAAUUGGUC